AUGUAUUCCAAACCAUCAUCAAGUUCAAGUUCAAGUUCAUCUUCUUCAAAUAUUGAAGAAUAUGAUCAACUCGUUGAUGAACUCUUCACAUUCCAACCCCCAACUUUCCUCAUGCCCCAAACACAAUCCCAACCCACUACGGAAACACCCAGAUGGGUUACAAAUAGAAGAGAUAGGGAAAUGGGACAUGCCAGACUGUUUAAUGAUUAUUUUUCCGAUAAUCCUGUGUACAACACCAACCAAUUUAGAAGAAGAUUUCGAAUGCAACGACCUUUGUUUUUACGUAUAAUGAACAAGGUCGUUGAAGGUGAUGUUUACUUCCAGCAGCGUAGGGAUGCAGCUGGAAGGUUAGGCUUAUCACCUCUGCAAAAAUGCAUAGUCGCGAUAAGAAUGUUAGCCUACGGCUUGGUUGCAGACGCCGUGGAUGAAUACGUUCAAAUCAGUCAGUCAACCGCUCGAGUUGCCCUUCAACGUUUUUGUGCUGGGGUCAUUGAUCAGUUCGGAACCGAGUACCUGCGAAACCCUACAACUGAUGAUUUGGCCCGAAUACUGCAUCAAAAUGAACUGCGUGGUUUUCCAGGCAUGAUAGGCAGCAUUGAUUACAUGCAUUGGGAAUGGAAGAACUGUCCAACGACUUGGAAAGGAUCUUGUAAUGAUCUUAAAGUGUUGUACCGUUCACCAGUGUUCGAUGAGGUUCUGCAUGGUCGAGCUCCUCCGGUAAACUUUACAGUUAACGGCCAUGAAUACAACAUGGCUUAUUACUUAGCCGACGACAUUUAUCCAAAGUGGGCAACUUUUAUUCAAGGUAUCACACACCCUCAAGUUCAGAAGGAUAAAAUGUUCGCUGACCACCAGGCUGCUGCUCGGAAGGACGUUGAAAGAGCUUUCGGUGUUUUGCAAGCUCGAUUUGCAAUAAUACGAAAACCGUCACUGGCGUACGAUGAGGACAUACUGCGGGACAUAAUGAAAGCAUGUAUCAUUAUGCACAACAUGAUUGUUGAAGAUGAGCGCCACAACUACACUCGAGCCGAAGUUCUGAGAAGCUUCUACGAAGAAGAUCAACAAGAUUUACCAACAGCAUCAAUGUCUACAACGCCACCGUUUGAAUUCAACAUAGGCCGACCUACCAACUUUGACUUUAACUCAUUUCUACAACGAAAUGCUUCCCUCCGUGAUAGAGAAACUCAUCUAUCUCUGAAAAGUGAUUUAGUCGAACAUAUUUGGUUACAAUACGGGCCAACUAAUUAG